ACCCUCGGUCCGCAACACACCAUGGAAAUGUCACUCCUCUUCAACUUGUCCGCUCUUACUUGUGCCUACCUCAUUUGGUUCUAUCUCUUGGCCAGGAAACUCACUGGCCCGAAGGCGUGGCCGGUUGUGGGCAGCCUGCCGGGCCUCUUCGUUAACCGGAGGAGGCUCCACGACUGGAUCGCCAGCCACCUCCGGGCCACCGGCGGCGCCGCCACCUACCAGACGUGCACCAUUGCUCUCCCUUUCUUGGCCCGCAAGCAAGGGUUCUACACCGUCACGUGCCACCCCAAGAACAUCGAGCAUGUGCUCCGAACGCGGUUCGACAACUACCCUAAGGGCCCCACGUGGCAGACUGCCUUCCACGACCUGCUCGGCCAGGGAAUAUUCAACAGCGAUGGAGAGACGUGGCUCCUGCAGCGCAAGACGGCGGCCCUCGAGUUCACCACCCGGACGCUGAGGCAGGCCAUGGACCGAUGGGUGAACCGGACCAUCAGGACCCGGUUCUGGAAGAUCCUCGACAAGGCCGCGAGUGAGCGCAUCUCUGUCGACCUGCAAGACCUCUUGCUUCGUCUGACGUUCGACAACAUCUGCGGGCUCACGUUCGGUAAAGACCCGGAGACUCUCUCGCCAGGGUUACCAGAAAACCCUUUCGCUACAGCUUUCGACAAGGCCACUGAAGCGACCCUUCAGCGGCUCCUAUAUCCCGGCUUUCUAUGGAGGCUCAAGAAGGUAUUCGGUGUCGGAGCCGAGCAGAGGCUAAAGAAGAGUCUCAAAGUCGUCGAGGACUACAUGAACGACGCCAUCAAUACGCGCAAAGCGACUCCUUCUGACGACCUCCUCUCGCGCUUCCUGAAAAAGCGGGACGUUGAUGGCAACCUCUUCCAGAGCUCUGUCCUCCAGCGGAUCGCGUUGAACUUCGUCCUCGCCGGGCGCGACACGUCGUCUGUUGCGCUGAGCUGGUUUUUCUGGCUAGUCAUGAACAACCCGCGAGUUGAGAGCAAGAUCGUGCAUGAGAUAGUAAGGGUCCUCAAGGACACCCGCGGCGAUGAUCGCAGCAAGUGGCUGGACUCGCCAUUGGUGUUCGACGAGGCCGACAGGCUGGUCUAUCUCAAGGCGGCGCUUGCCGAGACGCUGCGGUUAUACCCCUCGGUGCCGGAGGACUUCAAGUACGUGGUCGCGAACGACGUCCUGCCCGAUGGGACCCACGUGCCAGCUGGAUCGACGGUUACAUACUCGAUAUACUCCGUGGGGAGGAUGAAGUCGAUAUGGGGCGAGGAUUGCAUGGAAUUCAGGCCGGAGCGGUGGCUUUCAGAGAGCGAGGGCCGGUUUGAGACGCCAAAAGACAGCUACAAGUUCGUGGCCUUCAACGCCGGGCCGAGGACUUGUUUGGGGAAGGACUUGGCGUAUCUUCAGAUGAAGUCCGUGGCCUCGGCGGUGCUCCUGCGCUACCGGCUGUUGCUGGUGCCCGGUCACCACGUGGAGCAGAAGAUGUCGCUCACUCUAUUCAUGAAGAACGGGCUUCGCGUCUAUCUGCAUCCGCGGGAUCUUGCUGAGGCUGCAUGGUGAAAAUAAGUUAGGAAGAUCGAGGAAGUGUGUGCAUUGGUCUUAAAGAUUAGUGUGCAUGGGGACGUUGGCGCAUGUAAUCACUUAUGUUCUUGCCAUGAGGUUGUAUUUGUCUUACCUGAAAAAAAAAACAGUGAAAUAUAUUUAUAAAAAAACAUUUAUUUGUUA